AUGAAAUUUUUCCGUUCUUCAAAGCCUGUCAAGAAGCAGCCACCAGAGUACAGUGCAUUUACAGGCGAACAAAUUCCACCUCCACCCAUCGAAGGACUGGCGGCCUUGUCGAUUACUGACCCGCAAUUCAGUGAACGCAUGGAAGAUGUCGCCCACUUCUUCCAGGGAAUGAGUCAUAAAGAGGUUCUCGAGUUCUGCUUGGGAUUUGAAAGGCCAAAUACUCCGAUACUUGCUGAACACGUCGUGCUUAUUGCGGUGCAGUGUGGCGAGCUGUAUGGAGAGCGCCGUGCACUGCUGGAUAUUGGAGUACACACUGUCAAACGCCGAGGCAUACAGGAGAAAUUUGCAUCUCCUGGACCGCAUAGCCUGGAUAUCAUUCGCAACGUAUCAUACCAUCACAUAAUUAUGCAGGAUAAUGCGUAUCUUGUGAAUCUCCGAGGAAGUCCUCUGGAUUCUCAGAAAACCCGCUUUGGGCGCACACGGUAUGUAGACGGGAAAGAAGCCAAAGUUGUGCUAGAAAAUUUCUUACGACAACCUGUCGAGCCCCUGCUAUCGAGAAAUGAGUAUUGUUCUGUUUCAAACAAGUAUCUAGUCCCAGGUGCCUGUCCCAUUGUCAUUCUACAGGAUGGCUCAUGGCAGCGGCAUUCACUACUCAAUGCUCUCGGUCUUGAACAAAUAACUGGAGAGAAUAUUGUAUCAAUGAUAAACACACAACGAAUUGCUUGCGAAACAGGCUUUGGCUGGCGCGACAAGACUUUCACAUUGGGGCAACUCGCUACCGAUCUUAAGAUUGACUUUCCUGAAUUCCGGAGCGCUGCCGACUGGGCUGCAUAUUCCCUCAUCACUUCUGUACAAAUGGUUAUGCUCUCAAAAAUACCACUGGCGGAGCAGCCGAUUCAGUCGGUCGUCAACAUUGUAAUGCUGCACAGCCAAUCCGCAAAGAUUGCCGUGUGA